GCAUAUCUCCUUUUAAAUGUCUUCCUCGUCUCUCCAACCUUCUUCCUGUGUACAAGAUCAUAUCUUUCCUGGCUAUUCCUCUCUUACAAUACAAUCUUAAUCUUGGUACCCAAGUUUGUUCUACGGUCGAUAUGGCUAAAGCCCAUUUGAUGGUGGGCCUUUUUAUCUUUGCAUUUGCUCUCAUUGAUUUGUCUGUUGCCACCAUCCCAAAGAAAUCAGUUGGAGUGUAUGAGCUUAAGAAAGGGAAUUUUUCUGUAAAAGUCACUAACUGGGGAGCGAUUGUAAUCUCAGUCAUCCUCCCUGAUUCAAAAGGGAAUUUGGCUGAUGUUGCUCUUGGAUAUGAUACGGUUGCUCAAUACCUUAAUGAUACCACGUAUUUUGGUGCGAUCGUAGGGCGGGUUGCGAAUAGAAUUGCUGGGGCCCAGUUUAGCUUGAACGGCACUCGAUAUAGAUUGGUCCCUAAUGAAGGAAAAAACAUGCUUCAUGGUGGGCAUAGAGGAUUUAGCAAAGUUAUUUGGACGGUUAAAGAUCAAAAGCAUGGGAAGUUUCCUUACAUCACAUUCACUUAUCAUAGCUUCGAUGGGGAACAAGGAUUUCCUGGCGAUCUGGACGUCUCGGUAACCUACAAGCUUGUUGGAGACUACGACAUGAGCGUGAUCAUGAAAGCGAAAGCCAGAAACAAGCCCACCCCAGUCAACCUCGCUCAGCACACAUACUGGAACCUCGACGGCCACGACAGCGGUGAUAUCCUAUCCAACACCGUCCAACUCUUCGCCUCUCACUACACUCCUGUCGACAAGGCCCUGAUUCCCACGGGCCAGAUCAUCCCAGUCAAUGGCACGCCUUACGAUUUCCUCCAACCGGACACGAUUGGCCGUCGGAUCAGUGACCUCCCAAAUGGGUAUGACAUAAACUAUGUAAUCGACUCGAUGGGCCAGAAUGGUAACAUGAAGAAGGUAGCCUAUUUGAAGGAUGGAAAGUCUGGUAGGGCCAUGGAGCUGUGGACCAAUGCACCUGGUUUACAGUUUUACACUAGUAACUCUCUAAAGGGCGUGGUGGGGAAAGGUGGGUACGUGUAUGGACCCCACGGUGCAGUCUGUUUAGAGACACAAGGAUUCCCAGACUCUGUAAACCACCCCAACUUUCCUUCUCAGAUUGUGAAUCCAGGGAAGGUGUACAAGCACUACAUGCUUUACAAGUUCUCAUUUCAUUAGGGACAUGGUGUGCACCGAGAGUCUGUCCACAUUCAUCUCCUGCCAUUCAAUAAUGCUGGGCGGGAAUCUUAACGCAUAAUUAGAAAAAGGGCUUUUGGAAAUUCAAAUUUUCAAACGCUUUCUAGGUUCCAGCUGAGCAUAUACAUGCGUGCGCCAACUCUCGGUGUUCCCUGUGCGCAUUUCGAUUUUGUAAUAUUUGUACGUGGGAUUAUCGUAUCUGGUAUCAUACUGUUAUUUCUAGUU